AUGGUAGUUCGAACAGCAACUCGCCCAACGCAAAGGAAUAUUACAAAGGCCCAGCCACUACAAGUGGACAAUGUAUGGGAACGUAUGAAGCGCAUGUAUAUUUCCCAAUAUCAAAGAUCAGAUGCAAACCCACAGAAGGUAAUUUUCGAAUAGUCUAGAUCCUUGAGAAAUUGUAUCUCGGAUCUGUAGGAGCUGCAUAUACAUUGGCUACGCUAAAGAGACUAAAGAUUACACAUAUUCUGACGCUUUGUGACUGCUUGCCACCGAAAUUCCCAGGAGAGUUUGAAUAUAAAGUGGUGAAUGUGAUAGAUGACCCUAGCUCUCCUCUAUAAGAGAGCAAAAUUUUGGUGCUUAUUUAGCAUGGCUUAAUUUUUAAAAAAUUAUAGUCUUAAUUUUAUAUUACAAUUUUUUCUUCAAGAAAAAUCAAUUUAAAUUAAGAAUGAUGAAUUUUGCUUAAAAAGGUAUGUGGUUUAAAAUUUUUUAUAAAAUGAGCUUAAGAUGCUACUAUGAAAAACGAUAAAUGAUAUAUAAAAUAUUUAUAUAAAACACAGUUUCACUCGCUCGCUAAAGGAUUUAGUUUUUCUAAAAAGUAAGACAAAGUUUCUCACUACCGAAGAGUAAGGAAAACUUAAGUGCUCAUUUUAAGGAGUGCUUUGAGUUUAUUAAGGAAGCAAUUGCAAGUGGAGGAACUGUGCUUGUGCAUUGCUUUGCUGGUGUGUCGAGAUCGUCGACGGUGGUGAUCGGGUAUCUAAUGACUUAUAGCAAGAUGAGCAUGAAAGAUGCAAUGGCAUUUGUGAAAUCGAAGCGACCUUGGAUACAGCCAAAUUAUGGAUUUCUGCAGCAGCUGAGGAAGUACGAAGUGCAAUUGAAGAAUAAUUUAAAUAAUUAA